CAGCUAUGAGUUACCCAGGCUAUCCCCCUCCUGCUGGUGGCUACCCUCCACCUGUACCAGGUGGUGGUGCCUGGGGGGGUGCUGCCUACCCUCCGCCCAGCAUGCCCCCCAUCGGGCUGGAUAAUGUGGCCAACUACACAGGACAGUUCAACCAGGACUACCUCUCAGGAAUGGCAGCCAACAUGUCGGGGACUUUUGGAGGAGCCAACAUGCCAAACCUGUUCCCAGGGGCCCCCGGGAGUAGCUACCCUCCAGUGCCCCCUGGGGGCUUUGGGCAGCCCCCCUCUGCCCAGCAGCCCAUGCCUCCAUAUGGAAUGUACCCCCCUCCUGGAGGAAAUCCACCCUCUGGGAUGCCUUCAUACCCAGCAUACCCUGGGGGCCCUGUGCCAGGCCAGCCCAUGCCACCUCCUGGACAGCAGCCUCCUGGGGCCUACCCUGGGCAGCCACCAAUGACCUACCCUGGGCAGCCACCCGUACCCCCCUCUGCCCAACAACAGCAGCCAGUGCCCAGCUACCCAGCCUACCCGGGGUCCGGGAAUGUCACCCCCGCUGUGCCCCCAACCCAGUUUGGGAACCGAGGCACCAUCACAGAUGCUUCCUGCUUUGACCCCAUGCGCGAUGCCGAGGUUCUGCGGAAGGCCAUGAAAGGCUUUGGAACCGAUGAGCAGGCCAUCAUUGACUGUCUGGGGAGUCGCUCCAAUAAGCAGCGGCAGCAGAUCCUCCUGUCCUUCAAGACUGCAUACGGGAAGGAUUUGAUUAAAGAUCUGAAAUCUGAACUGUCAGGAAACUUUGAGAAGACUAUCCUGGCUAUGAUGAAGACCCCAAUCCUCUUUGAUGUGUACGAGAUAAAGGAAGCCAUCAAGGGAGCUGGCACUGAUGAAGCCUGUCUGAUUGAAAUCCUGGCCUCCCGCAACAACGAGCACAUCCGGGAGCUGAGCAGAGCCUACAAAACAGAAUUCAAGAAGACCCUGGAGGAGGCCAUCCGGAGCGACACAUCUGGGCACUUCCAGCGGCUCCUCAUCUCUCUGUCCCAGGGAAACCGGGAUGAGAGCACAAAUGUGGACUUGUCACUUGUCCAGAGUGAUGUCCAGGAGCUGUAUGCGGCCGGGGAGAACCGCCUGGGAACAGAUGAGUCCAAGUUCAAUGCAGUUCUGUGCUCCCGCAGCCGGGCCCACCUGGUGGCAGUGUUCAAUGAGUAUCAACGCAUGACAGGUCGGGACAUUGAGAAAAGCAUCUGUCGGGAGAUGUCUGGGGACCUGGAACAGGGCAUGCUGGCCGUGGUGAAAUGUCUCAAGAAUACUCCAGCUUUCUUUGCUGAAAGGCUCAACAAGGCCAUGAGGGGAGCAGGAACAAAGGAUCGGACCCUGAUUCGCAUCAUGGUAUCUCGAAGCGAAAUUGACCUCCUGGACAUCAGAGCAGAGUAUAAGAGACUGUAUGGCAAGUCGCUGUACCACGACAUCACGGGAGACACAUCAGGAGAUUACCGGAAGAUUCUGCUCAAGAUCUGCGGUGGCAACGACUGA